UUUAUGCACGCGAACCCGUCUAACGUUAUUGUUAUUUCGCAGUUAUAUAAAGUGGCAAAUUAUCGUUCCUGAAUAGGUGGCGCCGUGGUAGCCGAUCCUGUUCUUCAACUUCCGGUUUCUGCACUGUGCAACUAUUACAGUUGCAUUUUUAAUUAACGAUGCCAAGUACUUGUUGUUGUGUACCUAGAUGUCAUUUAAGAGGAGGACAUGCAUUUCCAAGUGACUUAAAAAGAAGGAAAAGUUGGAUCAACGCCAUGGCCCAUACGCAGGUUGGACGAGAACACGAUGAAAUCGUGGAGUCCAUCUCAAUCAGCUGUUGUUUGCAAGGCACAUUUUACUGAAAAAGACUACGUGCAGGAAACUAUUCAUGGGCGCAAACCCACCAUACAGAGACUUAAGUCUACUGCCAUUCCCAGCCUAUUUUCCUGGACCAAGCAAGAGACUGAAUCGUCCGCAAAAAGAAAAAUCAGGGCAGUUUCCUGUGAAAACAAAAGAACUAAACUUGAUGAAUAUUGUAGUAGAAAUCUAGAGGAAAGUUUUGAUUGUAAAGUUGGUUUUCCUGAAGAAGUCAUUCAUACUGCAGACAGGAUUUAUGACUGUCCACCACCAACUACCGAGCUAAUGUUGAGCUUCACAGAUGGAAUUACGCAAACACCAUCAAUGCCUAUAUUUUCAGCAGAGAAUUUUGAAAUGAAGACACGUGACACAGCCACGCACUUUUAUACCGGUUUAGAGUUGUAUACUAAAUUUUUAUUUGUUUUGACCACACUUGGUCCAGCAGCACAUUGUUUGAGAUAGAUAUAUUUUCAAAUUGAUAGGGUGUCAUUUGAAAAUCAGUUUUUUUAUGACUUUGAUGAAAUUGAGGCAUUAUACAACCAACUUUGAACUGUCUAGAUUCUAGAUUGAAACUAGUGUUAAGAAUAUUGUGUAAACAUGGAUUGUUAAUUAUGUCUAAACAGUGGCGUGAGGCUAACACUUGGCCAUUUAGUGGUUUAGUCAGGUAUUUUUCGCCAUCCAACUUCAAAUUAAAGUUUCCUACAACUUGGAUUAUUAUUGACAGCACAGAAUAUCCCGUGAUAAAACCUAAAGCUCCUAGAGCUCAGGCAACCUUUUCAUCAUAUAAAAACAGAAACACUGAAAAUACUUGUAUGUUCAACACCUGGUGGUUUAGUCAACUAUGUCUCUAAUGCAUAUGUUGGUUGUACCAGUGACUGAAAUAGUUGAAAGAUGUAGAAUAGUUCAAUUAUGUGAUCCAGGUGACAGUCUGAUGGCAGACAAAGGUUUAAAUGUGCAAGAUUUGUUUGCUCACUUUUUUUCAAAAAAAGAAACAGAAUUAGUUUGAAAACUCUUAUACAGGAUAGAAAAGUCUCCAAUUAACAUGUGCACAUAGAGCUAAUUAUUGGACUUGGCAAAACAUACAAAAUUCUAAUAAAUCCUAUGAAUGGAACUAAAACAAAACUUUCAUCUCAAAUAACAUUUAGUUGUUUUAUGUUGUGUAAUUUUAGAACUUGUAUUGUGCCAAAGGAUGCAUAAAUAAAAGUGACGCAAUGAA